CGCUUUAACUCUUGCUUGCGCUUGCACAGGAAAACCCUCGAUCCCACGCAGACAGUGACGGUCAAGUCCCAAGGCUUCCAACAAACACAUUUAUUAUCAUGCCUCCCAAGACAGGGCGCGGUCGCAAGUCAAUUGCUGGUCCACGGAAAUCCACCGCCGCUGCUGAACCUGAGGCCGCCGCUGGCCCGUCGACUGCCCCUGCUGAGACGACGUCCCCCGCUCGCGGGCGCAAACCCACCGGGGUCAUCAAGGGCAAGCGACCGACCAACAAAGCGCCCAGGACGUCCGAUGUUGAGCCGGGCGAUCCCACCCCCACCGGUCGUCGUCGCCGGUACAGACCCGGGACUGUUGCCCUGAAGGAGAUCCGCCAUUACCAACGCUCAUUCGACCUGCUCAUCAGGAAGCUUCCAUUUGCGCGACUAGUCCGCGAGGUCGCCUUGGACCUGCUUCCCGCUGAGGUCGGCUCGGAGCUGCGCUGGCAGUCGCAUGCGAUCCUGGCCCUGCAGGAAGCCGCUGAGGCAUUCCUGGUCCAUCUUUUCGAGGACACCAAUCUCUGUGCUAUCCAUGCCAAACGCGUGACCAUCAUGCAGAAAGACAUCCAGCUUGCUCGACGUAUCCGUGGUGUCUGGGGUGGUCUGGGUUAGACAUGAUUAUUCUUUCGACUUGAUUGACAUAACAACAACAGAAAAGUCUCUAUUUUUGCUGUUCUAUCUCCUAUUUACGAAAGAUGGCUGGGUUAGAACCUAUAUCCUAACUUUCAAAGACCACCUAAGACGAUCGGAGCGAAGCAGCAAUCAACUCAACCAGCGGACUUUCCAGCAUCACAUCGAGACCAAAACUACUCAUCUAACUCCAUCCCACCACACCGGAUUCUCGCAUAUUGAAUUCCCGACGUCAAGGGCCCACUUUCUCGCUCCUCGACCCCCACUUCCCUCAUCUGUGAAAUCCUGGUCGCACAUAUCUGCUCUCUGUUCAGAGACUCUUGCGGGCCUGGACCAUUUUG